AUGUUAGACAGAAAAGAUGAUUUCCUGAUCAGUCCAAGUAAACUGCAGCGCCUCAAACAAAUUCUCAGCGAAGAAGUGAAGAGUACUAAUCAGAAAUUAUCAAAAAAUAUUCCAGAAUAUUCAACGGGAGAUCCAUACGAUACAUUUUUGGAAAUAAAGGAAAAAAUACUUCGAACAGAUCCUACCGAAGAAGAAAAAGAAGUGAGCUCGCAAAUACAAUCCACUUUACAACCAAUUCAACAAAAAGCCAUAGAUGCAUUGCAGCAGGUUGCGGCGGCAAAAGGUGGAGCUUUUCUUUUGGUUGACGAGAUCUCAUCUGAAACAUCUAUUGAUGACUUUGUUGCUGGCUUAGUUCAAGAUUGGGAUGAUUCGGAUUUUCAGCGAGAGAAAGGACUACUUCACGUGUUAUCUCUUAAAAAGUCAGACUUCGAUCCCCAGGGAGAUUUUGAGUUCCCAAGUCCAGCUGGCUUACUUCUAACAAGAGGUGGACUGGACUACCAUCAGCCGAACUCAAACUGGAUACGAGUAGGUCUUCGAGUUGCGACGAGGUACGACGGCGGAAAUGACGAUUGGCUGAAGUCCGGAAACAAAAAUGAAUGGGCUGUUGGUUUUCAUGGAAGUGAUGAAGCUGGGACCCGCGCUAUCUCCCAGACAAGAAAUUUCAAAGUCGACGGGAACGGUCAACGAUAUCGAUUUGACAUAGAUGCGAAUGAGCUAAGCGAUAGAAAAGGUCAACCAUGUGGUAAAGGUGCUUACUUCGGAGCAAAAGUAGAAAAAGCCGAAGAAUACUCAAAAUACAAAGCCAGAGGUCACAAAGUUGUUAUUCAGGUGAGAAUCAAACCUGACAAAGUGAGGAUUCCAUCUGGAAGGAAAAGUUUCAGAAUCGUAAAUGACCCCGAGUUUAUUCGACCCUACGGCUUGUGUUUAAAAAUGAAACGUUACCCACUAUCUCGUUGAUUCACUUGAUAUUUUGUUUCUGAUAAAAAUUGUAUAGACACAGUUGCGUUUUUCCCAUAACAG